GCAAGACUACUUAGAUUAGUAUCGAACGUAGCGUCACUCAGAGGUAUAUGGGAGUGCGUGGGACGACAGAGGGCCUUAAUUCAAGCAGACGCCUAUAGGACUGGCACGAAAGGAUAUCAAAAGUCUACGGAACAGCUAUGUCAUCCGUGA